AUGGCGAGCACGUCUAGAAUUGAAGCGAAUAAAGUGGUCUGCUAUGCUCAUCCAGAUGCUCCGCUUAUUGAGGAUUAUCGAGCGGGUGACAUGAUAUGCUCAGAAUGUGGCCUCGUUGUCGGUGACAGAGUAAUAGAUGUUGGUUCCGAAUGGCGGACCUUCAGUAAUGAAAAAUCUGGUGUAGAUCCAUCUCGUGUGGGUGGUCCAGAAAACCCCUUGCUAUCCGGGGGCGACUUGUCUACAAUUAUUGGGCCAGGUCGAGGAGAUGCAUCCUUUGAUAGUUUUGGAGUUUCAAAAUAUCAGAAUAGACGGAAUAUUAGCAGUACAGACAGAGCACUGAUCAACGCAUUUAGAGAAAUUAACGCUAUGGCUGAUCGAAUUAAUUUACCGAAAACGAUUGUUGAUCGAUCAAACAAUUUGUUUAAACAGGUGCAUGACGGUAAAAACUUGAAAGGCAGAGCAAACGAUGCUAUAGCUUCCGCCUGUCUCUACAUCGCGUGUAGGCAGGAAGGUGUACCUCGAACCUUCAAGGAGAUUUGCGCGGUCAGCAAGAUUAGUAAAAAGGAAAUUGGCAGAUGCUUCAAGUUGAUACUAAAGGCGCUGGAGACACACGUGGACCUCAUCACGACAGCGGAUUUCAUGUCUCGAUUCUGUUCGAACUUGGGACUGCCAAACUCGGUUCAGCGGGCGGCCACACACAUCGCGCGCAAGGCUGGAGAGCUAGACAUCGUAUCUGGCAGAAGUCCCAUAUCGGUGGCUGCAGCUGCUAUUUACAUGGCUUCACAGGCGUCCGAAGACAAACGCAGCCAAAAGGAGAUCGGGGACACAGCAGGUGUUGCUGACGUCACGAUUCGACAGUCGUAUAAGCUCAUGUACCCCUUCGCAGCAAAACUGUUCCCCGAGGACUUCAAGUUUGCCACGCCCAUCGAGUUUCUUCCGCAGAUGUGA